GACGAGAGGGCAGGUCCCCUUGCUGCCCCUGGGCUGGCCACCAAGCGCGCGGGGAGUGCUGGGAGCUGGCAGGAAAGAGGAAGUGGCGGUGCGGACGCCCUGGCAAGGCUGAGGUCCAGGAAGAGGGCGGGGCCUUCUACGGGGACCCAGGAUGGCAGUGGCUGAGCCCCCUUCGGAGCAGGAGCUGGAGAGCGAGCCCUGGUCCCUGCUGGAGCACCUGGGCCUGGCGGGUGCGGACCUAGCUGCGCCCGGGGUGCAGCAGCAGCUGGAACUGGAGCGUGAGCGGCUGCGGCGCGAGAUCCGAAAGGAGCUGAAGCUGAAGGAGGGCGCGGAGAACCUGAGGCGCGCGGCCACCGACCUGGGCCGUGCCCGGGGCCCUGUGGAGCUGCUGCUGCGCGGUUCCGCCCGCCGCCUGGACCUGCUACACCGCCAGCUGCAGGAGCUGCACGCGCACGUGGUGCUGCCUGAGCCCACAGCCGACCGGGAUGCACCCCAGUCCUCAGGGGCUGGCAGCUCUGCCUGCUCGGCCACCAACCUGAGCCGCGUGGCCGGCCUGGAGAAGCAGCUGGCCAUUGAGCUGAAGGUGAAGCAGGGCGCAGAGAAUAUGAUUCAGACCUACAGCAAUGGCAGCACCAAGGACCGGAAGCUGCUGCUGACCGCCCAGCAGAUGCUGCAGGACAGCAAGACCAAGAUAGACAUCAUCCGCAUGCAGCUGCGCCGGGCCCUGCAGGCUGGACAGCUGGAGAGCCAGGUGGCGCCAGAUGAGGCCCCAGGGGGUCCAGACCUGGGAGCAGUAGAGCUGCGCAUCGAGGAGCUGCGACAUCACUUCCGAGUAGAGCACGCGGUGGCCGAGGGCGCCAAAAACGUGCUGCGCCUGCUCAGUGCGGCCAAGGCCCCAGACCGGAAGGCGGUCAGCGAGGCCCAGGAGAAGCUGACCGAGUCCAACCAGAAGCUGGGGCUGCUGCGUGAAGCGCUGGAGCGCAGGCUGGGGGAGCUGCCUGCCGACCACCCAAAGGGGCGGCUGUUGCGAGAGGAGCUGGCCGCAGUCUCCUCGGCCGCCUUCAGUGCGCUACUGAGUGGCCCCUUCCCCGCCUCACACUACAGCACGCUGUGCAAGCCCGCGCCCCUCACAGGGACCCUGGAGGUGCGUGUGGUGGGCUGCAGGGACCUUCCAGAGAACAUCCCCUGGAAUCCUGCACCUUCGGGGACCCCUGGGGCCCCUGACAGCCGCACCCCCUUCCUGAGCCGCCCCGGACGGGGCCUUUACAGCCGAAGUGGAAGCCUCAGUGGCCGAAGUAGCCUCAAAGCAGAAGCAGAGAACGCAGGUGAGGUCAGCACUGUGCUGAAGCUGGACAACACAGUGGUGGGGCAGACGUCCUGGAAGCCGUGUGGGCCCAGCGCGUGGGAUCAGAGCUUCACCUUAGAGCUGGAGCGGGCCCGGGAGCUGGAGCUGGCCGUGUUCUGGCGGGACCAGCGGGGCCUCUGUGCCCUCAAGUUCCUGAAGCUGGAGGAUUUCCUGGACAACGAGCGCCACGAGGUGCAGCUGGACCUGGAGCCGCAGGGCUCCCUGCUGGCCGAGGUCACCUUCCGCAACCCUGUCAUCGAGAGGAUCCCCCGGCUGCGGCGGCAGAAGAAAAUUUUCUCCAAGCAGCAAGGGAAGGCUUUCCAGCGUGCCCGGCAGAUGAACAUCGACGUGGCCACGUGGGUGCGGCUGCUGCGCAGGCUGAUCCCCAACGCCACAGCCACCAGCACCUUCAGCCCUGGGUCCUCGCCAGGACCUGAGGCCCGGCCGGUGGGGGAGGUGUCCCUGGAGAAGCUGACCCUGGGGCCUGACCCCGACAGUUCCCCACCCAAGAGCCCGCCUGGGCUGCUGUCCAGCUCCUCCAGCCCGGGUUCCCCCAGCCAGACAGUGGCCACUAUUCCACACUUACCUUCGGAGACCCAGGAGAGCCCAGGCCCCGGCCUGUGCAGCUCCCUGAAGAAGUCGCCUCUGACGCUCGAGGACUUCAAGUUCCUAGCAGUGCUGGGCCGGGGUCACUUCGGGAAGGUGCUGCUCUCUGAAUUCCGGGCCAGCGGGGAGCUCUUUGCUAUCAAGGCUUUGAAGAAAGGGGACAUCGUGGCCCGAGACGAAGUGGAAAGCCUGAUGUGCGAGAAGCGAAUCCUGGCGGCUGUGACCCGCGCGGGGCACCCCUUCCUUGUGAACUUGUUCGGCUGCUUCCAGACGCCCGAACACGUGUGCUUCGUCAUGGAGUACUCGGCCGGCGGGGACCUGAUGCUGCACAUCCACAGCGACGUGUUCUCUGAGCCCCGAGCCGUCUUCUACUCAGCCUGCGUGGUGCUGGGCCUGCAAUUCCUCCACGAGCACAAGAUCGUCUACAGGGACCUAAAGCUGGACAAUCUGCUGCUGGACACCGAGGGCUACGUGAAGAUUGCGGACUUCGGCCUCUGCAAGGAGGGCAUGGGGUACGGCGAUCGGACCAGCACGUUCUGCGGGACCCCCGAGUUCCUGGCCCCCGAGGUGCUGACCGACACGUCCUACACGCGUGCCGUGGACUGGUGGGGGCUGGGCGUGCUGCUCUACGAGAUGCUCGUGGGUGAGUCCCCGUUCCCUGGGGACGACGAGGAGGAGGUGUUCGACAGUAUCGUCAAUGACGAGGUGCGGUACCCCCGCUUCCUGUCCGCUGAGGCUAUCGGCGUCAUGCGCAGGCUGCUGCGCAGGAACCCGGAGCGGAGGCUGGGCUCCAGCGAGCGCGACGCGGAGGACGUGAAGAAGCAGCCGUUCUUCAGGACCCUGGGCUGGGACGCGCUCCUGGCCCGCCGCCUGCCGCCCCCCUUCGUUCCCCAGCUCUCGGGGCGCACGGACGUCAGCAACUUCGACGAGGAGUUCACGGGGGAGGCGCCCACGCUGAGCCUGCCCCGGGAUGCGCGGCCCCUGUCUGCCGCCGAGCAGGCUUUUUUCCGGGACUUCGACUUCGUGCCCGGGGGCUGCUAGCACCCGCCCUGCCCUCCCUUCAGGAGUUCUUAGUUUUUAAAAAAGGCCUUUGGGGUUUGCCCCGACCCCCGCA